CACCAACACAUGUACAGGUGCAAGGAUCACCGGUGUCGACGAGAGCCUCGCCUCGAAGUUUAACAAGAUGUAAAGGGGAAACUCGACUCGCCAUCGCCACUAACAGGAGCAGCCGACUUGUAUAAAGCCAGAGUACACGACCUCAACAUCUGCCUCUUUUACUUCUUCAUCCUCAUCCUCAUUCACUCCCUCAAGCUACACCGUCUCUACUUCCACUUCAACAACGACGACAACGACAACCACAGUCACACAUCACAAAGCAACAACCGCAAACAUGAAGUUCUCCACCGUCCUCUUCUUCGCUGGCCUGGCGCUGGCCGCCCCUGUCAUGCAGCAGGAGACGACCGACGUCGCCGUCCAAAAGCGCGGGCUGAGCUCUGAGCCUGCCGUCAUUGUCGCACGACAGAGGAGGCUCCCGCCGCCGAGCGAUCCCCCCAGGGAGUGCCCGCCCCGCCCCGUUGGUGGCGGCUGUUAAUGAGCCGGGCCCCAAACCCGCUACCCUCGAGGUUCGGCAACGGCCUGCGAGCGCUUUUCUUGUUUCCUGUUUCUGUUGGGUCCAGAUUGGGGACGUGCACCUGGGAGGCGCUGGGCGGGCCCCCGGCGAAUGAAGGGAUCUGUGGUCUCUUGAACCGUAAGGCCACGGGCGGGAGAGUGGUGGAAUGGGCGUUACACGAUGGACCUGCUGUAUAUAACGCUGCACAUGAUGUACCCUCGUCAAAUACAUCACUUCCGGCCUUGGGCACAAUACAAGGAGUUG